UGGAGGAGUCCAAAAGAGGGGGAGAAAGAAGAAGCUUGGCCUUUGAGGAGUUUCAAAGGAUCGUGCUGCGUUGCUUACUGCUGUAUUUAUAAAACCCAGAUUCUUCAUCAUCUUCCUCCUAUCGAUCAAAUAUUGAAUCUGAGUUUCCUCUCUCCGAUUCAUUACAAUGUCUCACUCUGCUGUGGUGUCUCAGGGAUUUGAGUCGGGUGUAGUGUUCCUUUGUCUGCUUUCGGAGAAAAACGAGGGAGUUUUAUUUUUUGAAUUGAUUGAUUUGGGGGUUUAUGAUCUUUGAUCUGGGUUUAGGCUUGUGUUUUACUUCGUUAACGAUCUUAGAGCUUUUAAUCUGAUGGAUUUUGAAUUUUCCUAUAUAGGCUGGUGCUGUCUCAGUUUCUAUUGGAAACGAACGUUCUCUUAGAAGAUCUGUCUUCAAGAACAAUAGCAUAAGCUUUAACAGCAAGACAUGGUCAUCUUCUUUAGCAUUGAAUCAGAAGACAACAAACGUAAGAGAUGCAAAGCGGUACACGAACACUACAAUAUGUAUGUCGGUUCAACAAACAAGUAGUUCCAAGGUUACUGUCUCUCCUAUAGAGUUGGAAGACCCCAAGGAUCCUCCUUUGAACUUGUACAAACCCAAGGAGUCCUACACCGCUAAGAUUGUCUCUGUGGAGCGAGUCGUUGGUCCAAAAGCCCCUGGAGAAACCUGUCACAUUGUUAUUGAUCAUGACGGUAACCUUCCUUACUGGGAAGGACAGAGCUAUGGUGUGAUCCCUCCUGGUGAGAACCCGAAGAAACCGGGAGCACCACACAAUGUUCGCCUCUACUCGAUUGCAUCUACAAGGUAUGGAGAUUCCUUUGACGGCAAAACAGCGAGUUUAUGUGUACGCAGAGCUGUUUAUUACGAUCCCGAGACUGGCAAAGAAGAUCCUUCAAAGAACGGAGUUUGCAGCAACUUCCUCUGUGAUUCAAAGCCCGGAGACAAGAUUCAGAUCACCGGUCCAUCUGGGAAGGUAAUGCUAUUACCCGAGAAGGAUCCAAAUGCAACACACAUAAUGAUAGCCACGGGAACAGGAGUGGCUCCUUACAGAGGCUACUUACGUCGAAUGUUCAUGGAAAACGUCCCGAACAAGACAUUUGGCGGCUUAGCUUGGCUCUUCCUAGGCGUGGCCAACACCGAUAGCCUUCUAUAUGAUGAAGAGUUCACCAAGUACUUAAAAGACCAUCCGGAAAACUUUAGGUAUGAUAAGGCAUUGAGCAGAGAGGAGAAGAACAAGAAAGGUGGAAAGAUGUAUGUGCAGGACAAGAUUGAGGAGUACAGUGAUGAGAUCUUCAAGCUAUUGGACAAUGGAGCUCAUAUUUACUUCUGUGGGCUAAAAGGAAUGAUGCCUGGGAUUCAAGAUACGCUAAAGAGAGUUGCAGAAGAGAGAGGUGAGAGCUGGGAUUUGAAGCUUUCUCAGCUAAGGAAGAACAAGCAGUGGCACGUUGAAGUCUAUUAAGACUAAAGUCACCUUUCCUUCUCUUCUUCUUUUUAAUAUUGUAUUUGCUGCUUUUGAUUUUAAGAAUCGUAAUAAAAUUGAAUUGAUGUUGUUCUAGUUGUAUCCAAACAUUGAUAAUAUCUGAAAUUUGUUGGUCUGAGAAGAGAGUAUAUUCUCAGAGAAUAUAACAACUGAAUAUUUAUGUAA